CGAAUAGAACCCCAGAAACUUCCCCAGACCAUACGGCAGCUGGAUAUUGCUUUGGUUAAUCUGACGGGAUACGGCGACUUUAGCCGCACAAAUUCAACUAUAGCCCCUUCAACGGCAAAAUCAACUUUUCUAAUUAAGCUUAUUCCAUGUCAUCACUACCGACAUUGUAGACGAACCGAGAAAAACGUGUUAUAGAGUCGCGAUGGCCCUCCUCCCUGGUGCGACUCGAAGGGCACGACGUCCACCUUCUCUCAUCGACCUUCGCAACUCUUAUAUGCAUUUAUACGAGCUUACAGAGUCAAGAUGAGGCUUCUCGAACUUGCCCUGUCGUGGGCGGCCAUGACCUCGCUGGUCGCCGCCGAUGCCGUCACGGACCUCCAGAACGCCGGCAACACGCAGAUUAACGCAUACAUGGCUAGCACGGCCAAGGGGGGCUGCACCAAGGAAAAGCAGCUCGUGAGAAGAGAAUGGGGUGACAUUACUAAGGAUGAGCGGAAAGCCUGGAUUGACGGCUUCCAGUGUCUCCUUUCGAAGCCCUCCAAGCUCGACUCCACGCAGUUCCCCGGUGCGAAGUCCCGCUACGAUGACUUCGUCGUCGUCCACAUGAACCAGACGCUGUCGAUCCACGGCACGGGCAACUUCCUGUCGUGGCAUAGGUACUACACCUGGGCCUUCGAGAACGUCAUGCGGACGGAAUGUGGCUAUACGGGGACACAACCGUAUUGGGAUUACGGAAGAUGGGCCGACGACCCGCUGUCCUCUCCCCUUUUCGACGGCAGCGACACCAGCUUGGGCGGCAACGGAGCGCAGUCCCCUGGAGGCGGCGGCGGCGGCGGCGGCAAGCCGGCAGGUGAUGGUGGAGGUUGCAUCUCAACCGGACCGUUCAAGAACAUGACCGUCUACCUCGGGCCCAUGUCCGCUGUGGUCAGGCCGGCCCCGGCCAGGAACCCGCAGUCCAACGGCUACGGAGCCAACCCGCGGUGCAUCCGGCGCGACAUCACCAACUACCUCAGCACGCGGUACGGCAAGACGACGGACAUUGUGAACCAGAUCAAGAACUACCAGGCAAUCAAGCCCUUCCAGGACUACAUGCAGGGCGGCACUGGCAUCCACGGGGUCGGGCACUUCACCGUGUCGGGCGACCCGGGCGGAGACUUCUACAUCUCGCCCAACGAGCCGUCCUUCUGGCUGCACCACGCCAUGAUCGACCGCGUCUGGACCAUCUGGCAGGGGCAGGACUACGCCAACCGCAUGAUGCAGAUGGAGGGCGGCACCAGCAUGUUCGGCGGCGGCCGCGCCCAGAGCCUCGACGACCCCACCUACCUCGGCGUCGUUGCUGACAAGACCUACGCGAUCCGCGAACUGAUGAGCACCGUUGACGGGCCGUUCUGCUACACGUACGAGUAGAGAGAGAUAAAUAGAGAGAAGGAGG